UGUUGUUAUAUUUCUGAUAAAUUGUAUUGCGCGAAUUUGUAAAACAAUAUUUAAAACCAAAAAUUUUAAUCUGAACGAGAGCAAGGUACCAAAGAAUACUUCAACCCACUCCAGCAAUGCCUACUUACUCAGGAAAAAAGGAAUUAGACAAUAAAAUUUCAUUAUGGCUAUGCUGGGAUCGCAACAAGAAAACCCAUUGCGAAAUACAGGAGUUGGUUAACAAGAAGGAAUGGUGUACUUUGAAAACGCGUUUGCUGGAUCGUUUAACAUUCGGCACAGCAGGAUUGCGUGGUGUUAUGCGUGCUGGGUUUAAUUCCAUGAAUGAUCUCGUUAUUGUACAAACUGCUCAGGGCUUAUGUGAAUAUAUCUUAAAACAAUUUCCAAAUAGUAAAGAUCAGGCUGAACGUGGUAUUGUUCUUGGCUAUGAUGGGCGACAUAAUAGCAGACGUUUUGCUGAACUAUCCGCUAGCGUUUUCUUGCAACGUAAUAUUAAGGUACGUCUCUAUAGUCGAAUGGUACCUACACCUUUUGUACCAUUUGCUAUAAUGCAAUUACAAUGCUUAGCAGGAGUGAUGGUAACAGCCUCACAUAAUCCUAAAGAAGAUAACGGUUAUAAGGUUUAUUGGGAGAACGGCGCGCAAAUUAUACCGCCACAUGACAAGAACAUACAACGUUCUAUUGAAGAGAAUCUAGAACCAAAAGAUAGUUCAUGGAAUACAGAUAUAUUAUGUGAACAUCCUUUACUCGAAGAUCCUUAUGAAACUAUGAAUCGUACAUAUUUUGAACUUUUGCUGGCAAAUAUACCCAAAAAAUACAUGGAAAUAAAUAAAACUAGUAGACUAUCUUUUGUGUAUACAGCAAUGCAUGGUGUAGGUCAUCCUUAUGUACAGCAGGGUAUGUGCACUGCUAAAAUGGGUCAUCGUAUUGUUUCUGUACCCGAACAAAUGGAAGCGGAUCCUGAGUUUUCUACUGUUGUUUUUCCAAAUCCAGAAGAAGGCAAAAGCGCACUCGAUUUAUCAAUAAAGUUAGCUGACAGGGAAGGCAUAACUAUUAUAUUAGCUAACGAUCCAGAUGCUGAUCGUUUGGCAUGUGCUGAAAAGAGUAGAACAACUGGAGAAUGGAAGGUUUUUAACGGCAAUGAAUUGGGUGCAUUAUUAGGCUGGUGGGCACUACAAAACUUCCGAUCUCUACAUCCAGAAGUAUACUCCAUAGAUAGUUAUAUGAUUGCUAGCACGGUUAGUUCAAAAAUCUUAGGCACAAUUGCUACCCUUGAGGGCUUUAACUUUGUAGAAACACUUACCGGUUUUAAAUGGAUGGGAAAUAAAGCAAAAGAACUGAUGGAUGCGAAAAAAAAGGUUUUGUUUGCUUUUGAAGAGGCUAUUGGCUUUAUGUUCACUACUACUGUACUUGAUAAAGAUGGAGUUAGCGCUGCUGUGCACUUGGCAACAAUGGCUUGUUAUCUUAAAGAGAAAUUUAAUAUUUCACUUACUGAGAAACUGAAUGAAAUUUAUGAUAAAUAUGGUUUUCAUUGCACCAAAGUUUCUUAUUUCCUCUGCUAUGAACAACCCGUUAUAGAACGUAUAUUCGAAAGAUUGCGUAAUUUUCAGGAUGGCAAACCAAAAACUUAUCCUAAGUCAAUACUUAAUGGUCGAUUUCCAAUACAAUAUGUUCGCGAUUUAACUACUGGUGUAGAUACAUCCCAAAAAGAUGGCAGAGCUAUUUUACCAGUUAGCAAGAGUACUCAAAUGAUUACUUUUACAUUUGAAAAUGGUUUGGUCAUCACAUUGCGUACCAGUGGAACGGAACCAAAAAUUAAAUACUAUGCUGAAUUGAUAUGUAAACCUGAUCAGAAAGAUUGGGAUGAACGCCGCAAAGUACUGGAUAUAAUGGUAGAAGCUAUCGUUGAAGAAUUCUAUCAACCAAAAUUAAAUAAUCUCACUCCUAAAAAAGAUUAAAUUUCAUCGUAGCAAUGUAAGCCUAUAGAUGAUAUCAUUUUUUACGGAUCACUUUAUUUAUUUUUUUAUAUCGAAGUCUAUUUAUUUAGUUAAUCAAUUUUUUAUGAAUUUUUUGUAUUUGUAACAAUAUUACGAGCUCGUAAAUAUUGUUGCAACGUGAUACUAUUUGUUAUCAACAUAUUAUAAGCUGUUUUAUUAUUUUUAAUGUAUUUUAUUGUUUCUGUUAAUUUAUUGUUACUUAAUCACUGUCGAGGAGUUAAUUCAGUUUUAUUUGUGUUAAAAAUAAUUUCAAUAGCCAAUAACGAGACAUUCCUUUUGGAAACAUAUUUUUUUUAUUUUGUUAUAAAAUAUUUACGAUUGAUUUUCGUACUCAUAAUAAAUAACGCAACCAGAAAUUGUUUGCAUUUA